UGGAGAGAUUGCGGCGCGGCGUCCGGAGGGCGGCGGGAGCGCGGCAGCGAGCGGAGCAGUGAGUCCGCGCCCUCCGGGGGCGGCGGAAGCGGCGGCGGAGCAGUGAGUCCGCGCCCUCCGGGAGCGCGGCGGCGGAGCACUGAGCCCGCGCCCUCCGGGGGCGGCGACGGAGACAGGGCGGCCAACGCUAUGGCGACCGUCUGCAUCGGCGAGAAAAUAAAGGACUUCAAGGUUUUAACACUCCUCGGGAAGGGCUCGUUCGCCUGUGUUUAUAGAGCAAAAUCUGUGAGCACUGGUCUCGAGGUGGCGAUAAAAAUGAUUGACAAAAAGGCCAUGCACAAAGUGGGAAUGGUACAGAGAGUCCGUAAUGAAGUGGAGAUUCAUUGUCAGUUGAAGCAUCCAUCUAUCUUGGAGCUUUACAACUAUUUUGAAGACGACAAUUAUGUCUAUUUGGUUCUGGAGAUGUGUCACAAUGGAGAGAUGAGCAGAUAUUUAAAGAACAGGAAAGCUAGUUUCUCAGAAGAUGAAGCACGACACUUCAUGCAUCAUAUUGUUACUGGAAUGCUGUACCUUCACUCACAUGGUAUAUUGCAUCGGGACCUCACUCUUUCUAAUCUUCUACUUACAAGCGACAUGAACAUAAAGAUUGCUGAUUUUGGAUUAGCUGCACAGCUGAAAAUGCCUAAUGAAAAGCAUUUCACCAUGUGUGGAACCCCCAAUUAUAUUGCCCCAGAGAUCGCAACUCACAGUGCUCAUGGUCUUGAAUCUGAUGUGUGGUCUCUUGGCUGCAUGUUUUAUACUUUCCUCGUGGGAAAGCCACCAUUUGACACUGACACUGUUAAAAAUACACUGAACAAAGUGAUGCUGGCAGAUUAUGAAAUGCCAACAUUUAUUUCAAAUGAGGCUCAAGAUUUGAUCUAUCAGUUGCUUCGAAAAAAUCCAGCAGACCGCAUUAGUCUUUCUAGUAUAUUGGACCAUUCAUUCAUGAUGAAAUGCCCUUCAUCCAAAAGUAAAGAUCCAAGAUCUGCAGAGGACUCGAUGGAUAGUGGGCAUGCCACAAUUUCAACUGCAUUUACCACAGGAACAGGAUCUUCUGGUGCCAGUGCAACAGGACGCCUACAUCAGAAGACAAAACAAGUCAUAGGACAAUUUCUUCCGAACAAAAUGGCAGUCAUUACUUCACACAGUAGCAUUAUCAAUGAUACUUCAUCCCUAGGAUUCAACUCAGUAUAUAAUGAGGGAAGAGCGCAAAAUACUGAAAUUAACAGAGGUGGUAGAGGAAGAACUGUACAACAUGGAGACGAAGAACGACCUCGCUCUCGAUGGCUUCGAAGGGCGCACUCCACUGAUAGAUCUGGCAACUUCCAAAAUCAGAAUCCAGAAAAGCCCAACAGCAGCAUGGAACGUUGUCAAUCUGUUGAUGCACUGUCAAAGUCCACCAGACAUGGAAUGCACAAUCCUGAAAACUUGUAUGGAGAUGAUUAUGCAAAUAUUCCACAGUUUAAUAGAGGGGUUUUAAAUAAUGUUGGCACCCAUGACAAACUCACCAUGUCUCCUCCUGUCAAGCAGACCACAAACCCAAGCUUUGCUUACCAGCCUGUGUCCAGUGGGCCAUUCUUGGAGCAGAUAUCACGAGUUGACCCAAUAGAGCACUGGUUUGAAAAUGGCCAGCCACAUGAUGCUCAGUUCAGAAAACCAGUGGAUAUCAGUGCCACCAGUAGCUCUAGUGGAAAUUUACAUAGUGGAAGAAAGCAAACUAUAGAUGAAGUUGGAUCAGCAAAUACAUGGGGGAAAAAAUCCAGCAACAAAGUGAAAACUCAUGAACUUUACCAGAAAGAUUGCUUCAGAAAACAGAUGGAUAUUCAGAGAUGUGAAGGGGAUUCCAGACAAUCAGACAUGCGGUAUGCGUGUCCUCAAGCUUUGAAACAACAUGCCUUAAUAAAACAGGAAAGGCAACCUACCGAGUACCAAAAGAAGACAUUGCGAGAGCUGGUGUCACCACUGAAGGCUCACAGACUUAAAGCAAUCAGGCAAAAAACCAAAAAUGCAGUGGUCAGUAUUCUUGACUCUGAAGAAGUGUGUAUGGAGCUUUUGAAAGGGAGUGGUGCUCAAGAACGUGUAAGGGAAGUACUUAGAAUAUCCUGCGACGGAAAUGUGAUCCAUAUUUAUCAUCCUUAUGAGGGAAGAGGCUUCCCAAUAGACAACAGACCACCGUCUCCACCAGAGGAAGUAUUUGUUUACAGUUUUGAUGACUUACCAGAAAUCUAUUGGAAGAAAUACCAGUAUGCAUCAAAGUUUGUUCAGUUGGUGAGAUCCAAAACUCCAAAGAUCACACUGUACACUAAGCACGGCAAAUGCAUGUUGAUGGAGAAUGGCCCGCAAGCUGAUGCUGAAGUCUGUUUUUAUGAUGGAGCAAAAGUUAACAAGACAUCAGAGUUUAUUCGUGUCAUAGAAAAAUCUGGGAAAUCACACACACUCAGAGGAAAAAUGAAUGACCUGGAUGAAGAAAUAAAAUGUUAUGUGGAACAUGCGCACGAGGCUCAUCAGACUUGUCUAGACCUGGAAUCCAUCAUUGCUGUACAAGAAGGAAGAAAGGAAAAACAGAUGUCAUUUUUCCCAAUAAUUAUUGGAAGGCGGCCUGCAAACAUAGAUUCCAUGCUAUCCCCAACUUCUACAUUGGAUCCGAAACGUGCAGUGCAGGAGCACCCAUUGAUCCAGAGUAGUUCUAGCCAGACUGCAAGUGUUAGCCCCUCGAUUUGUUUGUCUGAAGAGUCCAUUUUAACAACUUUUACUGGUGUUAAAAAUAAAUCUGCACCUUCAUCACAGACUGUAAUAUCUCCAAGUCCAGGACAGGUGCUGAAAUCUGUUUUUGUACCUAAUGUUGGCUGGGCAUCCCAGCUCAACAGUGGGGAAGUCUGGGUUCAAUUUAAUGAUGGUUCCCAGCUCCUGGUACAAGCUGGAGUUGCAUCCAUCGUUUACACAUCUCCUCAGGGGCAAUCAAUCAGGUAUGGGCAGAAUGAAAGGAUUCCUGAUCAUGUGAAAGGGAAGCUACAGUGCCUCUCAUCAAUCCUAGGUUUGCUGGCAAAUCAAACAAGUCAACAUAGAAUCCAGUGAUGCAUGUAUAAUCUGUCAUAUUGACAAUAUUUUCUUACAUUUUCAUGUACUGUAAAAAUGUUUGUUUUCAGUAAGGUUCAUAAGCUUCCCCUUCCCUUGAUACCUGUAUUCCUGAAUAAUAGGAGUUAAAGCUGAAAAAGAUAAAGUUGUUUGAUGUAGCACUUGUAAAUGCUGAAUCUGAAGCUGUAAAUAAUUUUGUAUUUAUUGUAAUGUUUUUUGUAGAUGAAAGAUUUUUUAUUUUUUCUAUUUCUAUUCAUUGUCAAGUUUUGAGUAAAUAUAACAAUGCUUUGAUAACAGUUGAAAUGUGCAUAUUGUAGAUUUGUAUUGAACUGGUGUGUAUAAAAGGGUUUACACAAUUUAUAAAAAAUGUAUAUGAACUUUGUUUUUGUAAGACAUGAUUUUAUAUAUAAAUUUUAUAUAUUUUAGGGAUGCACUCUAAUUUCAUUACACGACUUUGUUAGCAGCAAAACACUUCUUCCAAAAUAGAAUUGGGCAUUGAACUUCAUGUCAUUUACAUGAUAAUGUCUGUUUGUUAUCCUUCAUUCUGUAUUUUUAAGAUGAUUGCUCAUGCAAAAAGGAAAAUCUCAACAGAUUAAAUUUGCAAUUUAGCCACGUCAAGCCAUAUGUUUUGGUAUUUUGAUAAGGUAUAAAGUAUGUUGUCAAAAUCAGCCACAAUACCUUUUGCCCCAUAUUUUAGGAUUUUAAAGUUAUAAGUAUUUAUUGUUGGUUUUAAUUCCAGAGUCCAACCUUGGUCUAUAGUUAAAUGAUGAUGAGGUGAAGUUGGAGUGAAACUAGUACUUAAUUAUUUAAAUAGCAUGAAUUAGCUUGUAGGAUAAUGGAUAACAAUUGCCAGUGAGAGGGAAAUUGACAAAAAAUGUUAAAAAUUGAGUUGGAUUCUAAACUACCAUUAGUAUAACUGUGAAUUAUGUAAAUUAUGUCUAUAUUUGUAUGACAAUGCUUAAUACUGUCUAUUAUUGACUGUUUUAAUACAAAUCUGUGUAUUGGUGCUCUUAUACUUGUUUACUGAUUUUAUAAAAAUCAGUUUUUCCUUUUUCCUUAAAAGUGGAUGUGAAAUUUAAAAAAAAAUGUCUCCCCUUGCCAGCAGAAACAUUUCUUCCAACCAGCAGCAUGUAUUUCAAGUUUUACCUGUCAUUAAAAAUCUAAAUUGAAAAGUGCCUGUAUAUUUUUAAAAGGAGGAAUGUGUAAGGGGAAGAUGGUGACCAAGCAUUCUGUUCAAAUUCUAAUUACUGAAAUGUCAACUAAGUAAUCUAAUAUCAGCUUUCAGUUGUUCUGAUGCUGAUAGUUAACAAUUAGAUGAUAAUUUUUCUUUUGCAUUAAGGCACUGACAUCUAGUUUACUUCCAAUACAUAAUUCCCAUGAGCUUUGGGCAGUUUCAACAAAUUGAUUGUACCACCACCCAAAAUGAAUACAUUUCUACCACUCUGCAUAUUAAUCUGAAGUGGAAACCUUUUAUUCUCCCUAGGGCAACCAACAAUGGCAUCCUAGAUUAGCUAACCAAUCUGCAAAAGGGAUCAAAUCUCAAAUCUUCAGACUGACUUUGACUUGCUGGGUAUACCACUCUGCUACUUACUGAAGUAAAAAUCUAUGUCACUUCAUUCUCAACAAAAAGCUUAGAUUUCAUUUUAUAAAAUUUAAAAUGUUUAUUUCUAAAUAUUCAUUUUUGAGAACAACUUUGUCAAUCGACUAAAUAUUUUCCUGCCACAAAUUAUAGAACUGAUGAAGGGUCUUUUGAUUUAAAAUGUUAACUUAAUUCCUUGCACAGAUGCCACCUGAUCUCCUGCAUAAUUCCUUUUCUGUUUAUUUCAGAUUGAGCAUCUGCAAUUUUUUCUAACUUUCACAUUGUCCCUGCCAUAUUUGCAUCAAGUACUUUUAUAACAGUUGGUAGCAUUUAUGUACAAUUUCUAAAUUGUAGAAUUGAAAGGUCAAUCAGGAUGUUAAUGAGCUAGUACUGAUGUUCCUCCAAUGUGUUACAGUCUCAGUUUUCAAAAAUCAGUCUUGGACAAACUUUACUAGCCCUUAUUAUGAACAUUGGGAGGUUGUAUAACAAGGUCAGGUUUGAGAGAGCUUUCAUAGAAAGAUUGCUGGAGGAUAGUUUGAAAACUGUAUGUGAGUCAUUGCUAAGAUAUUAUGCCAGUUUAAAUUUUUCUUUACAGGAUGAACCCGUCUAGAUUUGAAACAAAAACCAAAAAUGCUGACAAGUCAGCAGGUCAUGCAUUAUCUGUGGAAAGAGAAACAGAAUUAAUGUUUAAAGUCAAACGGUCUUUGAAUUGAAACCUUCAUCCUCCCUGAGAGCUUCCAGCAUUUUUAGUUUUUGUUUCAGAUUUGCAGCAACUACAGUUUUUUUUAAUUUCAUUGCAUGGAUUUGAAGUUGGCAAGUCCAAUAUUAACUGUACAUUUACCUUGCUGUGAAAUAAAGCAGCUUAACGUGUAUCUGGCCUUGACUCUUCAAAUUUGUCUGCGCCACAUUCUAAGAGAUUGAAUAUUACCUGUACAAAAACCAGAAAUAUCUGGUGCAAGUAACUAGAGUUAAAUAUUGAUCCCUGCUAUUAGGCUUAAUGAUAGGGUUGGGUUGUUUCAUGG